AGUCAUCCAGGCCGCCUUGCUGUGUGGUGAUCUGGACCCUGCGGACCUGCUGUUCCUUCAAUUCUCGGCGUCUCUUUGCUCCAGGAGGAAAAAUGGCAGCAGCAGUAGUGGAUCCGCAACAGAGCGUGAUGAUGAGGGUGGCCAACCUGCCCUUGGUGAGCUCUACCUACGACCUUGUGUCCUCCGCUUAUGUCAGUACAAAGGAUCAGUACCCAUAUUUGAGAUCCGUGUGUGAGAUGGCAGAGAAGGGUGUGAAGACCGUGACCUCUGCGGCUGUGACAAGUGCCUUGCCCAUCAUCCAGAAGCUGGAGCCACAAAUUGCGGUUGCCAAUACCUAUGCCUGCAAGGGGCUCGACAGGAUGGAGGAAAGACUGCCUAUUCUGAACCAGCCAACGUCUGAGAUUAUUGCCAAUGCCAGAGAUGCUGUAACUGGGGCGAAGGAUGUAGUGACGACUACCAUGGCUGGAGCCAAGGAUUCUGUUGCCAGCACAGUCUCAGGGGUGGUGGAUAAGACCAAAGGAGCAGUUACUGGCAGCGUGGAAAGGACCAAGUCUGUUGUCAAUGGCAGCAUCAAUACAGUUUUAGGAAUGGUGCAGCUCGUGAACAGUCGAGUAGAUAAUGCAAUCACCAAGUCGGAGCUGCUGGUAGACCAGUACUUCCCUCUCACCCAGGAGGAGCUGGAGAUGGAAGCUAAAAAGGUGGAAGGAUUUGAUACGGUUCAGAAGCCGAGAUACUAUGAACGGCUGGAGUCCCUGUCCACCAAGCUCUGCUCUCGGGCCUAUCACCAGGCUCUCAGCAGGGUUCAAGAGGCCAAACAAAAGAGCCAGGAGACCAUUUCUCAGCUCCACUCCACUGUCCAUCUGAUUGAAUUCGCCAGGAAGAACAUGCACAGUGCCAACCAGAAAAUUCAGGGUGCUCAGGAUAAGCUCUAUGUCUCCUGGGUGGAGUGGAAGAGAAGCAUCGGCUACGACGACACCGAUGAGUCCCACUGCGUUGAGCACAUCGAGUCACGUACUCUGGCUAUCGCCCGCAACCUGACCCAACAGCUCCAGACUACGUGCCAGACCAUCCUGGUCAACGCCCAAGGGUUACCACAGAACAUUCAAGAUCAGGCCAAACACUUGGGGGUGAUGGCAGGCGACAUCUACUCCGUGUUCCGCAAUGCUGCCUCCUUUAAGGAAGUGUCCGAUGGCGUCCUCACAUCUAGCAAGGGGCAGCUGCAGAAAAUGAAGGAAUCCUUAGAUGAAGUUAUGGAUUACUUUGUUAACAACACGCCUCUCAACUGGCUGGUAGGUCCCUUUUAUCCUCAGUCUACCGAGGUGGUCAAGGCCAGCCUGAAGGCCCAGCAGUCUGAGGUCAAAGCUCAGUAAACCUGUCCUUGUCACCAGUGCAUGGUGUUGNGGGCCAGGUGACACCUUUUGCUGUAUUGAAAUUAACCUGGUAGAUGGCUUUAGAUUAAAAAAACAGCUUCUUAGAACACAGGUUCUCAUGAUGGUCAUUCACAGCUCAGUCAUGGUCUUGCCCCAGCUGGCCCUGGCACAGGAGUUCUUUUACUUGGCUGGUGAGUGGCGUGUGUUAGUCUUGUGAGGACCUCGCAGAACCUAAAAGCUCAGGUGUGCUUACAGUCUUGUCUGUGGCCUUUGUAUUGUUAUUGGCUGUAAACGUCUGUCUGUACCGAAUAAAGAUUCAUUCAUGUGGCCUCUGCUUCUGUGUGGUCUGGGCAGGCUUCAUCUCUGUUUCUCUCAAGGCAUGUGCAUGGGCAGCCUGAGUUGUGGUUUUUCCUUCCCUGUGAAGAAAUAAAAUACCACCUUUGGACCCAAUAAAAUUCAUAACAGGGUAGAGCACUUUUAUGUUGUUA